AUGGGAAGACAUAAGAAAGGUAAACUUGAGAGUUGAAAGCUUUUUUGAAAAUUUGCAGGAGAAAUUUGUGUUUUUCUUUCAUAGAUUUCUUCAAUUUUAGGUGGUUAGGUGCGAAUUUAUCGAUUUUCUCAUAUUUUUUGUGCAACUCCUAGCUGAUUUGGAGCGAAAGGUUGCUUUUUCGCUUGAAGACCUCGAGGUUUUCACGGUUUUGUUAGGAUUUCAAAUUUAAUUUGCUUUGACACCAUGGAUUAUCCUUGAAACUUGUAAGUUUCGCUGAAAGUUUCGUAGUUUUCCCGGUUUCACGGACUUUGUUUCCUCGAGGAUUUCGAAAUCAAUAUUUUCACGGCGUUUUCGCUGCAAGACCCAUGAAACCCUACUGGAUUUCUAGCGGGAUUGCGCGGGAAACAUUAAUUUUCCCUGGGGGGGGGGGUUGGAAAGCACCAUAAACACGUGGAAAACACCGUGAACUUGACAAAUUCCUCUGGAUAUGAGAGAAUAUUCGAUUAACUUCUUGCAAAUUACAGUUGCGCCUUGAAAUUCCUGAAAAUUUCGGAGGAUACCCAAAUCCGCAAUAAACCACCCUAUUAAUCACCUCAUCAAUUUCAUUUUCAAUCUAUUCGAAAUCAAUAUAUCCUCCUCUCAACCUCUUCAUUCCUGAUUCGAAUCCCCGAAUCCCCCUCCUAGAUUCCAGAUUCCAAACUCUCAAAUUCCAGUCCCCUCAAAGUCCCUCACUUUUUUGUGUUUCCUAAUAAUCGUGGUCUCUUUCUCUCUCUCUCUCUCUCUUUAGCUGGCUGUUUGUCUUUCUUUCUUCCAUUCUUUCCUAUAGCACACUCCGCCCUUUCUCUGCGUCUCUCUCGCAAUUCCUCACCCAUCGCCCCCCUCUCUCGUCGUCUCGCUUCUUUCGAUUUUGGCUAGAAAAAAAACUAGCGAAGAAUAAGGAGAAGAGGAAGAAAGAAGAAGAACUUGAUUUUGAUAUUAUUACUAUCUUCACCUUAUUUAUAUUGGAAACCUGAGAAAGUUCAAAGGUAGAGGUAGGCUUAGGCUUAUUGUAAGGCUUGAAGAUGUAACCUAUAGGUUAUGUUAGGAAGAAUCCCAGGUUCUCUUAGGUUUAGGGGAUUUCGUAGGCUUAGAUAUUUUUGGGCUUCAAAAUUCAUUGGUUUUUCUAUAACCUAAGCUACCUUGAAUCUCAAGGUCCCUCAGAGUUAACCCAAGUUCCCUCAUUGUUUCGAGCCUCUGAUCGUGAGUCUCAGGUUUUCUCACCCCACAAUCUUCAACCCCCAUCCCUCUUUUGAGAAAGGAGCUCUCCCAAGCCCCUUAGAUUCCUAAACCCUUAACCUAACUUCACCUAAGUUACUUAGGCUAAGUAACCCUAAUAUUUUCUUCUUCCUAAUUUACAACAUUAUUUAAUUCUUUAAAAAUAGUGUUUUUCCUUGGAACGUAUUGAUUUUUUGAAUUGUUUGUUUUUUUUUCAAAAACUCAUCGUUGAAUUUUUUUUGAUAGGGUAAUUUUCAACCUAUUUUUCACUGUUUGUUUUGUUUUUCCUCAAAGUUCUCCGAAAUCCACUUUUUCUUUGAAAAUUUGAAAAACUCCUAGUUUUAGUUGUUGUAAAAUCUGAAAUUUUAGCUGAAAAUCUAUCAAGAAUGUUAUAAUUUCUGAUAUCUAUCCAAAAAACCGUAUUUUAUCAUCAUUUCUCAUUUCUCAUUGCGAAAUUUUACCAAAUUUCAAUAGGAAACCUGUAAAAUUCUGUGAAUUGUGUAUUUGUAAAAACUUUGUGCACAGGUUGCAAUUUUGGCCACGCCUCUUUUGAAAACAUGGUGGCUAUUUGAAAUUUUCAAGUUUCCUAGAGUUGAACUUUGAAAAACCUGUCAAUUUUAAGCUUUUCGAAAUCAUGAAAUGAGAUAUUUCUAGUUCACGUCAGAAAAUCCACGUUUUUUGGCGUGACCUAGAAAAAAAACUCAUUUUUUGUUGAAAAUUGUUCAAUCCAAAUUCAUUUCGAGAUUUCGAAAAAUGGUGAGAUGGCUGGCUUUUCAAAUUUCACGCGGUGAGUUGCAAAAUCUCCGCGCGGCGGGGGGAACUUGAAAUUUUCGAAUUAAAGCAACACCCUCGUAUAAUAGGCACUUUCUUGAAAAAAGCCCAAAUGUUCUCAAAUCUUAGAUUUAGCUUAGUUUUACUGUUUUCUAGUUCGGAGAAAAAAUUCAAAACGUUUGAAUAAGUAGUCGCCGAAAUAUGGAAGCCCAUUGAAAAACUGAAAAAACUCAAAUUCAAACAACGCGGGCUAGCGUCAACGCGGAGUCUCGUUGUUUUCUUUUUUAUUUUUUAGCAAAAUUUUUCCGUUUUUUUUCGGAAAAUGACAAUUUGCAUGGAAAAAACUGUUUUCUGGGUAUGAAAAAAAUAAAGUGAAGGAGUAUAAACACGAAGAUUCAAUAUUUCAGACGAAAACUAAAUUUUUCAAUGGAAAUUGUGUUUUUUCAGUUUUUGACCGGAAUAUGCAAUAUAAAACUGAAAUAUCAUUGUCAAAAAUGAAAGUAGAGAUAGUUAAGGAUGUUCAGAAAUCAUUGUUAUAAUUUAUUUCAUUGUUUUCAGUGAAAAAAUGCACUUUUUGUUGAAAAAAAGUUGAAAAGGGUACUGUAGCACACAAUUGUCGUCACAGUGUUUGCACAAAUGUCAUCAAAUUGCGGAUCUGCACAAUCUGCAGGCGAUUUUCAAAAAAAUAAUUUUUUUCAAAAUCGGUCAAACUUGAUCGUUUUUGAGUAUUUCUUUUUCAUAUUUCUUGUGAACAUAGCUGGAUAGGUUAAUUUUAUAUAUUUUGGUGUUUGAAAGCAUUUCGCAAUGGCCUUAUUAUACGAGGGUGUUGCUUUAAUUAGCAUUGAGAAUCCACAAAAAUCCACGUUGUUUCAAAGCGAGUUGCAAAAACUUCGUGCGACACUUGCAUAAUUAAGUCCCGCCCCUUUUGUAUCUAACAAAUAUUCCGGGAAUUUGAAAAUUGCCCAAAUCAGUGUUCAUUUUUUAACUUGUUGAGCCUUACUCAUAUUGCCCUUUUUCCUUCAUUCAUUCGUUCAAUGAGUAACCAACUAAUUUGCCUUCUUCUUUUUUAUUUUUUCUUGUUCCAUCUGCCUUUUGAAUAGGAAGAAGAAGAAGCAAAAAAUUUCAAUGUAAAUUAUUUGAUGAAUGAAUCAAAUGAAAAAGAACAGAAAAAAAAGUGAUUAUUAUCGAUUGAUUUUUGGUUUUGUAUUUGGAGAGGAGUGAGUGAUAAGAUUUGUAGGCGGGGACAAGGUUUUGAAGAGAAGUUUUGAGCUCUGGACUCCAGAGCUCAAAACUUCUGAGUCUGGAAUUUUAGUGUACGCGAAAAAAUCGAGAUUAAUCUGAAUUUUUGGAAAAUUAGGUCAAUUUUUGCCUGAAAUUGAAUUGGAACAAAAUAUCAACUUUCAAAAACUUAAUUUCUGAAAAUUUUGAAAGACCUUAUGAAGUAGCAAGGUUUCAGCUCAGACUUGGUCAGUUUUUGCCUUUUGUAGAUUAUUUUUGAACUUCUGAUUAUCGAUAGAAAGACCUAUGACGUGGCAAAGUUUCAGCUCAGAAUUUCAAUGGGAAUCCACAGUUUUCUAGUUUUUCAGAAAAAUCCCAAAAAAAUCAUUAUUUCCUGUACUAUUCUAACUCUGAAUCCACCCAAAAAGUUGUAAAUUGUUUAUAAACCCCAACAAUAAAAUAUUCCUCAAAUUUCUCUCAAAUUUUGUUUUACAAGAAGAACCCCGAGCCACAUUUGAUUUACAAUCCUUUGUCUAACUGUCAGUAAAAUGUGGUGCGGUUUUGAAAUAUGAUGCACGAUUUUCGCGCAUUUUCUGAACAAAUGGCGGUUCAGGAAUUCGGGUUGGUUGAAAUUCGAAAUGAAGAAAAUCAAUUCUAAAAAAUGCUUCCGGUGGAAAUUUAAGGGCUCUUUUCAAAUUUUGUCUAAACUCUUUGACUCUAAUACAAAAAAAGUUAUCAAAAAGCCACGUCAUAGCUCACUUUUUGGAGCCAAAAAUUUCGCUCACCGUAAGCUAGAUUUAUCCUAAAUUGAAAUUUUUGGCGAGCCCCAAAUUAAUUCCGAAAUGCCACGUCAUUGUACACGUUUCAUUAUUGAUUUUUCUUCUGAUUUUCUGAGAAAAGGUCAUAUUCUUCAAAUUUUCACCUAAAAUUCAACCCUGAUUGAGAAUGUCGUGGUGAAAAUGAAAAUUAUUCAGAAAUUUCAUGACAUAGUUAGCGUAACUCCACUUCCAAGGCUUUGAAAUCAAAUCCUAAGCCGAUUACACCGUGUAAUAAUCCUAAAAGUCUUCCAAAACUCAUACGAUUUUCACUAAUUAGUGAAUACUUGCUAAUUAAUUAAAUUAUGCACAAUUUCAAUUUCCAAUUCAAAAUCCUAUUCUUCAUCCUAUUUUCUCUAUUAUUAAAUAAUCCAUCCAAGAACUACCUUCCUUCGUUGUCUUCUCAAUAUUUCAAUCCCAACACCUUCUUUUCUUUUCAUCUCCGCCCCAUUUUUUCACCCCUGCAAUUCUCUGCGUCUCUUCGUCUUCUCCACUCUCUCGUCCCUCGGACUUUUUUGUCUAGUGCUCUCGUCACUUUUUUUUGUUAUAUGUUUUUUUGUGUGAGACAGAAGGAGAGAGAGAGCAGUUGGCUAUAAGGACGUUUUUUUUUCAUUUUUUGCUGUGUUUUUGUAGUUAUAUAGUAAUUGGGAUUUAAUAAGUUUUUUUUGAUAUGAAAGGGGCGGGGCUUAGGGUUUGGCUUAGCUCGGAGAAACUGCGGUGAGCUGAGAGUAGGGCAGAAGCUGGAUGAGAUUCUGAAGUUCUCAGAAAUUUUAGCCCUUGGAUUUCGGAAUUACACUUUAUAUCUUUCGAGCCUUCUAUGUCUACUUGAAGUUAUAUAGGAUUUCGAGUUAGGAUAACUCUUCGCAAACUAUCUAGGUAAUAGAUUAAAUAGGCGUGGCUUUAAUUAGGAUUUUAGGUUUAUUGAUUUUUGUUUUGAAAAUCUUUCUAGGGUUUUCUUUUUCUUGACCCGCAACUUAGCCUAACCCUUUUGAUGUCACACAAUUAGAGAGACCUUGAGUUCCCAGAAAUAUUAGCCUUGAGCAAUUUUCGAACGUUUUCAGAGUUGGUUUUUUGAGCUUCGCAAAAGUUUAGAGUUAGGACAACUUUUUGAAGACCAGAAGAAGCCUAAGAAUAUGGAUUUAUUGAUUUUUGAUUUGAGAGUCUAGGAAUUUUUUGGCUGAAAAUUUAGCCUUUGGAAAUUCUAUUUUUCCUGAAAAAUUCCAUUAGGGUAAAUGACUCAUUUUCAAAUUAGAAAGUUUGCGAGCCAAAUUUCAGCAGGUUCCCAUCGAAAAAUAGUUUUGCAAAUUUUGAACUCCAGAAAAUUAGACUCGAGUCCAAGAGUCCAUAUUUAAAAUCUUUCGAACUAACCUACUGAAAACUUCAGCCUGAACUUUAGCCAGGGUUUCCAGCAAUCCUAAUUUAGCCUAACUUUCAAACCCUGAACUACUUAUUUUGCCCCAAAAUUCCCUAUAUCCUUUUCAGCAAGCCAAAGUCCAAAAAAUCAAUAUUUCUCAUUGUUAUCAUUUCUCAUAUGUUCUCUUGCGUAAUCGUGGACUUUUUAUCUGAAAUAUAUAAAUUUUCGAGGAAAUUUAGCUGGUUAAUUAAAGUCGUUAAUUUCGGCUGAAGUCUUUAAGUUUAGUUAAAGCUUAAUGUUCUUAACUUUAACUUAAACCUUAGGUCGUUACUAUUAGCUCAAACUUAAGGUCUUUAGUUUAGGGUUGAACUUAAGGUCUUUAACUUUAGCCUGAAAUAUAACAUAUUUAACUUUGGCCUAUACUUAAAGCUAUUACUUUUGGCUUAAGAUAAAGGUCGUUAUUUUUGGCAUAAACCUAAGGUCUUUAACUUGAAGUCCUUAACUUUGGUCUGAACUUUAAGUCGUUAGUUUUGGCCUAAAUCUAAGGUCCUUUCUUUUUCCAAAAAAAAACCUGAAACUUUCACAAUUUCCCAUAAAUAUUUCACCAUCUCUCAUUAAUCAAAAAAUAAUUUUAUAUUAUAUGUAAUAUAUUAUUCUUCCACUUUCUCUCCCAAUUUCCUAAUUAGGAUAAUUAAAUUCUCCCAGAUUUUUGCCCGUCAGCAAAUUCUCGACUUGAAAACUCCCCGGAGCCUACAGUACCCCUGGCAAUAUUCCCAGCCUCUCCCAAAAAUCCACCACCAUGUUUAGUUUUACACACACACAGACACACAAAAUGUGAACAGGAUUGUCUGCGCCUCCACGUCUCACAUACUCUCUCGCUUCGCGGAAUCGAUAAGAGGAGAGUGGAAAACGACGAGAAUGCGAAUAGAUAGAGUGUGGUAGACAUAGAGACGCAGAGAAUUGGGUGAGAGAGUGUGGAAGAGAUUGGAGAGCGGAGAGAAAUCGACGAAAUUUUUGUGUAUGUGUUGAGUGAAGGAAGAGAGUAUUUUUAUAAUAUAUGUGGUGUUUUCAUUUUGUGAUAUAUAAGGUUUUAAAGUGUUUUUAAGGAUUUGCAAGUUAGCUUGCCACGUGGAUUCCUUAGGGCCUUAGGGACCCUAAAGGCUUUAGAAGCUUUAGGGAUUCUAAAAGAGAGCUAGGAAAGCCUGAACUUCGAGCUCAAAGCUGAAAAGGAGCUCAGAGUUUGGAGCUCAUUCUCGAAAUUCUUGGAUAUAACUUUUCUAAUUUGAAGUUAGGGAAACUUAGUUCUGAGACUAAUAUGAGUCAUUGCCUUUUCCUCGUUUUUGAAAAGUUUAUUAGAUUCUCUUUAGGGAGCUAAGAGUUUUAGGUUAAGGUCUUAACUUUCUUAGGGGAUUUUUAAAAUUCUCUAGGAAUUCCCUAGGAAAUCAAUAAUUGAGUUUAUCAUUUUUUUCAGAAAAUAACUAGAAUCUGAAAAUUUUUAGAAUCUUAGCCUUAAGGUUUGUAGGUUAGGCUUUAGAAAAUUCUUGUAAAAUUUUGAAAAUCAAUAUUUUUCCUCAAUUUUUGUAGCCAAUGAAAAUGAAAAUUUAGAUUUAUGAGAAAUUUUAUGAGUUUUUUUUUCGUUAUUUUUCCAAAGUCUCAAAUUUAUUUAGUCAUGGAUGGAGUUAUUGAUUUUUCUGAGAAUCUGGAAAGAAAAUUCAAGAACAGAAAAUUUUCAAAUUAUAGCUUUGGUUUCAGAAUUCUCAGGAAAAUUAGGGUUAAUUUUGCGCGAGGAAAAAUGUAGGCCUAAGGUUUUUAUGACAGAAGAUUUUGAAAAUUUUUGGCUCUAGAAAUUAAAGUUCAGGUUUUAUUCUGAAAAAUUUCACAUUUUCUGAAAAAUCCCAUGGAUCUGGAAUUUCCCUAAAUGUAGGUUUCCUAACGCAAAAACCCUGGAAGUUAGGAUAAAUCUUAGGCUUUUUCCAGAUGAAUUCCUCUGAAAAAUAUUAUUAAUUUCUCUGAAACUUAAUUAAAAUUUAGGUUUCCAAAUUUUUUUUUCUGAAAAUCUAGUUCUUAUUUUGCAAAAUAAUUCCUGUAAAAUCUAGGUUCUAAAUCUUUUAACUUCAGAUUUUGCUCUCUGCUUUUUCUAAAUCCAGUUAUAAUUUUUUUUUGGCUUCUGAAAUUCUGAAUUCACAUAUUCUCUUCUGUAAUUUAAUUUUUUGCAGUGAUGGAGAAUCCAGGCGAUGCUCCUCCUCCUUCUCCUCCUCCACCACCGUCCGAUCCACCAACAAGUCCACCCGAAGAAGAGCGACGAAGUCCCGAUUUGCGUCGCUCAAAACGCAAAAAAUUCAAUCUCGACGUAGUCGCCAUCGUCAGCGGAACGAGCAGCAAAAAAGUGAAGAAUGAACCAUUGAGUGUUGAAACAACCCCCACGCAAGGCAAUUCGAAUAAUGUUUCGCCGAAAUUGGAGCCCAAGGAUGAGCCAGAAGAUGGUGCUCGAGCUCCAACUCCACAAGUUCCAGUUCAAAUGACAGCUCAACAAUUAUUGUUAGCCAAUGAGAAUUUGUCUGCAAAUUGUGGCGAUGGUGGACAUGUUGAGGGGAAAAGAAAGAGAAGAAGUACUGCUCCGUAUCGAGAUUAUGGUUAUAAUUUUGUGGAUGAUUUGGAAGAUGAGGAUAUGGUAAGUGUAAAUUUUGGCGCGAAAAAAAACCGUUUGGAAAAAUCAUUUCAGCGGAAGUGGAAAUUUUUAAUUAAUUUUCCUGGAAUACUGUGGUUUUAGCAAUUUUUAAUUAUACCUAAAUUUAGAUUUUUGCACUAAUUAGCAAUAUGCGUCUCUAGCUCCCCAGCUUUCGAUCUCUCUGAACCCUUCCCCCCUCAGCUCAAUUUCAAAGUACAUAUUUUUUCAGCGCGGCUUCAUCGGCGACAAUUUCUGCACCAAAUGUCCGGCUCGCUACGACACAAAACACGGCAAAAACAAUCAUAUGAAGUUGCACGGCGGCGAAAAACGCCGAUUCUCAUGCGAACUCUGCGAUUUCUCAGCGCACACCGCGAAAGCCGGCAUGCAACACGCGAAAAUGCACAAAGCUUUUGGGGUGUUGAGUGGGCAGCCGAGUCCGGUGCUGAAAAUCGAGCCGAAAAUCGAGCCGGAAGAGGAUGAGAAACCGCCGGUGCUUCUGCCAGAAGAUGAGCAUUUGAAUAUUGAUGUGGCGACGAGUAGUGAAUUCGCGCCGACUUUGGUUGCUCAGAAACCCGCUGCCACAUCGACGCCGAUCAAAGUUUCCGCUCCGCCUUCCGCGAAGAAAUCUUCUUCACUUCCCAACGACAAACAGUGUCCACAUUGUCCAUUUCUUGGAAAAACUGCUGCUCGUCUCAAGCGUCAUUAUCGUGGACACGAAUUGCAACGUGGAUAUGUGUGUGGUGCGCGUGGAUGUGGAUUCAAAUGUGAGACGGUUGGCUUCUUGAAACGACACUACACAUUGCACAAAGAUCCGCUGCCGUGGCCACCAAAAUAUGUUGGAUUGACGACGGAUGGAAAUGAGGAGACGAAAAAUGAGGAGAGAGAAAGAUUGAGACCAUUGGUAAGCGGGGGUUUGGAAUGGGGUGACUGAGACCGGGUCGAGCCUGAAGCCCAUUUUUUCUCAUUCGGACCGGCCCAGUCGUUGGAACAUGUCUGGGCUGAGAAUAAAUUAGUUCGACGAUUAAGAUCUUAAAAUUUUUGCUUAGACUUUAGACUUAGGAUUCUAGGCUUGAACUUCUAGACUUAUGCUAUAGGCUUAGACUUUAGGCCUUGACUUUAGGCUUCCGGCUUAUAAUUCAAGCUUAACCUUUUAGACUCAGGCUUAGGCUCUGACUUCUAGGCUUAGACUUUAGGCUUAGAUUUUAGGUUUAGAUUUUUUGCUUAGUAGGCUUCAGGUUCAGAAUUAGGCUUAGACUUUGGGCUUACAAGGCUUUAGAUUCAGAAUUUAAGCUUAGACUUCUAGGCUCAAACUUCUGGACUUAUGCUAUAGGCUUAGACUUCUAGGCUUAGGCUUAGAUGUUUAGGCUCAGAUUUUUUACAUUUUUAAUAAUCUUAAGUUCCAUGUGGAAAAUUUUGUUUCGGCUAAUUUUUGUUUAACUUUCAGGCUUUUUUAGGCUUAAGCCUAAGAUUUGAACUUUUUUUUAUUAAGAAUUGAUAGUUUCUAGAAAAUUCCAGUUUUUCAAUUUUUUUCUACAAAAUUGACUUUUAAAAAAAAUUAUAUUUUCCAAAAUUCCACGUCAUCGGCCACGUAUUAUUUUUAUUUUUUCCAAAAAAAAGUCCCAUUUUGCAGGCCCAACUCAAAUCACGUUUCCUGAACGAAGAAAACGAGAAAAAAUGCAACAUAGGCGACUGCGAAUUCACACCAAUCACCCAACAAAGUCUCAUAACCCACAAAAUACUGAUGCAUCGCGCCGCCCAUUCUUUCCCCAAAUCCGCGCAAAGAAUAUGCUCGAAAUGUGGAUAUCGUGCGAAGAAUGCGCUUCUUCUAAAGGCGCAUAAACUAUCGAAACACGCAAAGAUUGCAAGAAGAGGAGUGAAGGGAAGAAAACGGACUUUUUAUGUGAAGGAGAUGGUUGGAGAGGUAUUCUUCACUAAAUAUGUUGGAAAUUCGGUGAAACCUGAUGAAAAUUUGAUGGAUGAAUCGUUUGAUAGUGUUGGAGAUUCUCAACAACAACAACAGAAUUCACAAGUUCCCCCCGUUCGUUGCGAGACCUAUCAUUGCAAUUUGUGCCCUUACAAAGCUGUGAGCGCUUCUCGAGUUGAAAGACAUUAUGCCAAACAUUUCGUCGAACUCGAUUUCAAAUGUGAAAUUUGUAAAUAUUCAUGUAGAAGUCAAGAAAUGAUGACACAACAUGAAAGAUUGCAUUAUGAAGGAGAUUUUGAUCUGCCAGAGCCUCCAAUUGCCCCGAAGAAAUCGACACUUUACAAUAGUUCGAUUCAAAAAUGGUGUGCAAAACGGGAACUUGAUGAGAGAACAAUUAAUGAUAGUUUUACGAAGAUUGCUGUUGAUGGACAGAAGAUUUUUAAAUGUUUGGAAUGUCCGUACACUUCGAAAUAUCGUGGAGAUAUCAAAACGCAUAAAUCACGUCACUCCACGGAGCAAGAACUUCGAUGCACGCAAUGCUCGUAUUCUGCUGCGAGACCCGUUUCGUUGAGAGAUCAUAUGAGACAACAUGUGUUGGCGAAUUCGAAUUUGGCGGCGAAAUGCGAGGGGAAAAAGAUUGUGGUGAAUGGUGGAAAAAUGAUUGGACAACGAUGGGGAAGAGGAACUGAAAGGGUUUAUUUGUGCUCGCAGUGCUCGUAUUUUACAAGUACUAUUGGAUGCAUUUGGAGACAUUCGAGGUGAGCGAGGGGAGAAAUAAGUCUGGAAAUUUUCAAAAAAAAAUUAGCUGAAAGUAAAGUUUUUUCAGCUCAAACUUCAGCGUAUUCUCAACAAAAUUCUCUCAUGAAAAAAAUACGUUUCAAAAUUUUUAUUAAAUUUUUGCUUUUUUUUAACCGUCAUUAAUUCUAACUUAUGAAUUGUGAAAAAAAAUUAAUUAAAUUUUGAAGUUUUCGAUGAAAAAUCCUGAAUUUCACCCCCUCAAUUCUUCCAGAUACCAUCGAUCAGUUCCAAAAGUCCAUGUUUGCUCCUCGUGCACUUAUAGCUCAAUUGACAAAACCAAAAUGGAUGAGCAUAUUAUUAUUCAUUCGGCUCAUGGAAAAUUGGAUUGUUAUGUUAGGGUAAGUCCACCGGACCCUGAUUCCCCUCCAAUUUUUAAUUCUCAAAAUUUUCAGCGAGUGAACAAUGAGGGCCGUCCGAUUCGUAUGAUCACCGAUUAUGAUCAUGAUCCGAACUUCAAAAUCUCGCCGGAGAUCUCAAGAGUUCCAUCACCGGCUUCGGCUUCAGCUUCGGCUUCGAACUUAACAUCCUCAAGAAGUGAAAGAUUUUUGAGAAAUCGAAAAUCGAAUAGUCGAUUCUCUACACCCUCUUCAUCUUCCGCUAAUUUGUCACAACUCGAGCCGGAAAGUUUGAGAAAUUCACCGCGUCUCGAUGCUGAAAAUGUGCCGAUUUCCCCGAAUGAUUUGGAAUUGUCGCAUUUUGCGAUUCGAAAUUAUUUGCGGAAUGAGAAAAAGGCUGAAAAUGCGCAGCAGUGUCCUGAUUGCCCAUAUCGAGAAAGUGAUUUGACACUGUUCAGAUUGCAUCGAGAUAUGCAUUUUUGUGAGGGAAAACCCAGACAAUUUGCGUGUUGUGAAUGUAAUUUUAGGUGAGCCAGGGAGAGGUUUUGGGGGGUUAUAUUUAAUAUCAACAGAUCGUUUCAAAUUGUUGGUUUCGAAUCAUGUGUGAUUUUUGAAACGUAUUUUUUGUGCGAAUAUUUUUUACUGUUUCAAAAAUUUUAUUUGAAAAACGUUUUCAAUAUUUAAAAUUACUUAAGAGGCUCUCUUUUAGAUUAAAAAAAAUCAGAAAUUGCUUUUAAAGAACAAAAUAUACUGUUUCAAAAUUUUCAUCCAAAAUUUUGACAAAAAAAAUGUAUUUUUUAUGCGAAUAUUUUUAACUGUUUCAAAAAUUUUAUUUGAACGAAGUUUUGAAAAUUAAUUUGGUAUAUGAAACUAUUCGCAUAAUUGGGUUAUUAUCUUUUAAAUUCAAAGAAAAAUCAGAAAUUGCUUACAAAAAAUACUGUUUCAAAAUUUUCAAACUCAUUUUUCGUGGAUUAAAACACACAGGACAACUCUACUGUUGCAAAAUUCUUAUUUGAAAAAUUAAUACAAUUUUUGAAACGUAUUUAUAAGGUGAAAUUCAAAAAUUUUUUUUAAAUAUCAGAAAUUGCUGAAAUUCAUGAAAAAAAACAUUUUUCCCCAAAAUCAUAUGAAAAAUCAAUAAAUUCUAGUGUUUUCACUGCAAAUGCUCUCCAAGCUCAUCUUCGUCUUCAUUCCGAUGGAAUGGAAUCAGCAGACAACAAUUCAUCAUUCCUCCGUCGCAAACAAAAUUCUCGAAAAGCCGAAGUCAUCCCACCAGGCGCCAAAUUCUAUCAAUGCACAAGUUGCUCUUUCAAAACUGUCGACGAUUUUCUUUUUAUGGAACAUCGUGGAGAACAUCGGAGACAAUUGGGACAAAGAUUGGCAACUGUUAUGAAAAGAAAUGCACCGAAAGAUGAUUAUCAAAAACCGCGACUCAAGUUUUUGGCGACAAAUCGAGCAUUGAAAUGUUGCACAAAAUGUAUGUUUAGAUGUAGUGGAUUGCAUCAAUUUGUUGCACAUUCGGAUAGACAUGGAUGGAAUCGAUUGUAUAAAUGCAAGUGAGUAGAAGCGGCAGCUGUGUAUUUUACUACCCAAAAAAAUCCCCAGGAAAAAAAUUUUGCUGUUUCAAAAUUGCAAUAAACUUUUUCUCAAAUUGAAUUUUCUGAUUAACGACUUUUUUCUAUUUGAGAAAAAUUUCUUGCAAUUUUGAAACAGUGAAAUUUUUUCCUGCAAAUUUUACGUUUCAAAAAUUUUAUGAGUUUUCACAUAAUAUUUUUCAAAUGAUAUAUUUUGUUCUCGUUUUUGAAACAGUAAACUUUUUGAAAUUUUUUUGCUGAAAAAAAUUGAAUUCAAUAUUGCUACGAUUCCUGGAGUCCGAAAAAUUUCCGCAUUUGUUAAGAAUGAAAAACAAACAGAAAAACUAUCAAAAAUUGAAAACCCUUCAUUUUUAAGGCUAAUUUUUGAAACGUAUUUUUUUUCUGGAACGUAUUUUUUUUCUCUCUUUAAAUAAUUUUUUGCCAUGAUAAAUCCGAGAAAAAUCUAUUUUUGUGCCAGUUUUUUCACAGGAAAUUAGAUUUUUUUUUUUGGGGAAAAUUCAAUUUUUGGCCUUGAAAACUAGAUAAAUAUUGGAUUUUUCGCUGGAAGUUUGGCUUUCUGGAUUUAAAAAAAUUUAGAUCUCAAAAAUAAUUAAAUUCAUCGCCUGAACUUUUUAAAUGAAAAUUUGAUAUUUGUAAAUUCUUUUUCUGUUUCCUGCUCAAAAGUUCACAUUUUUAUAUCUCAUCAAAAAUUUGGUUUUUUGGUUGGCAAAUAUUACGAAUUUAAUUAAAAUGUUUCGUGAUCUGAAUAUUUUGAAAUUUCAAAAUUUUGACAAGGGAAAUGAUCAUUUUUCUCAUUAAUUUCUCUUUUAUGGAAAGAGAAAAAUGCAAUUUCCGAGUUUUUUUGGGCAAAAAAAUGUUCUCAAAUAAUUUGCUGUUUCUAAAUUUUGGUGAAUAGUUUUCUUGAAUAAUUUUAAUCAUUGUGUUCAUGAAAUCCACCAAAUCUAACAAAAUUAGAGUUUUAAAAAAUACCCUUAACCUUAAUUAAUUAAUACCCUUAAUUAUUUUCCUCCUCCAACUCUUCCUUUUUUUCCAGAAUGUGCGAUUAUUCUGAUUCGACAAAAAACACAGUCGAUUAUCACGAAACUCAUCAUCAUGUCACAAAAGAGCAUACAUUGACUGACACAGCAAAUGCUCUUACUUAUUCAUUGAAUCAAGGUUUUGUGCAAAAGCCAAUUUUGAGACAAUUGCCAACACCUUCAAUUGAUGAAGCAUUGAGAAUUACGGCUUCUUCUUUGAAAUGUCCAUUGUAAGUUUUUUGAAGGGGAAUUUAGAGUGGAAAAAAUGCACUAUUUCAAGUUUGAAAAAAUCAACUGUUUCAAAAUAUUUCUAUAUUAUUUUGCUAUUUUUUGCAAAUUCGAUAUGUAAGAAAUGUUCUUGUACAUUGAGAAAAUUUUAAUUUUUUUUGCAUUGUUUAAAGUUUUUAAAGAAAAUGCUUGAAAUAGUGAAUUUUUAUAAAUCACAGAAAUAAAAAACAUUUCUCAAAAAAUUCACUGUUUCAAAAUAGUUAUAUGUUUUUUUACAAAUUCGAAAUUUCAAUAAUUCUUCGUAUGUCGAUUGAAUAAUGUUAUUCGUUAGGAACAAAAUUUCACUGUUUCAAAACAUUUUCAUUUUUUUUAGAAAUAUUUUUGCCGAAUUCAAUAGGAAAUCUCAUCAAAAUCUAGUUUCAAAAUUUUCAAAUCAGUUUCAAGUCAUUUGUGAAUAAUUUUAGUCUCAAAAAAUUUCACUGUUUCACAAUGUUUUUAUUUAUUUUCAGUCAUUUUUCAAAAAUUGAUCGUUUGAGCAUGUUGAGCAUCUUUUUAAAAAUACAGUUUCAAAAAUCUUGCAUACUGUUUGAACUAAUUCACAAUUUUAAUGAAUUCCUUCAAAAAAAUACUGUUUCAAAAAUAUUAUAUUUACUUUUGGAAAUGCCAAUAAUUCCAAAUGUUGUUCAAUAAAAAUAAGUCACAUACUUUUUUUCUCAAAAAAUUCACUGUUUCAAAUUUUUCAGUUUUUUUUUUCUAAAUUGAUAGGUUCAGUCAUAUUUUAUUUUAAAAUUUACUGUUUCAAAAAAUAUUAUAUUUACUUUUAAUUAUAUUCUGAUUCAAUGCUAUCUCUCAUUGCGAUUUAAAUUUAAACAUUUUCACUGUUUCAAAAACCUCAAAUAUUUUUCCACUAAAUCCUUUAUUUUGCAGAUGCGAUUACAUCGCUCAUUUGGCACCGGAACUCUCAUUCCACAUCACUCAAAAAACACGGCGACAAUGA